AUGUGUAAUGUUUCUGGCGGUUAUGUGAUGUACGGUGCUGUGACCCGUUUGGCCGGAGAUGCGCCCCUCUGCACAACGUGGAAACUCCUCACACUGGCGGCCACGUGCGGACUGCUGACCCUGUGCUGCCUCGCGAAGCCGGACGUAUCGCACCUGCUGAAGAAGCAACCCCCGGCCGGCGGUGACAAGCAGAAACGCCAGAACGUCUUCGAAGCCCCGCAGCCGAGCGGGAAGGACGGGUCGGCCGGGGUGCCGUUCGCGUUGUUUCCACUGGACGAGAACCAACCGUCACCGUUCCGAAGGUUGGAAGAUCGGCCCGGUUAUAACUACGACAAGCCGGAGCUACCGCUCGACGUACACCCGGACUCGAAUCUAGUCAGCCCCGUGUCGACCCAGGCACCCGAGUAUCUGCCCCCGGCCGAUGGCCAAGAGACGGUCGCGGUGAACGAGGUGGUAUCACCGAGUUAUCCUGCCGUCAGUUCGAUCACCCCGGCACCGAUCACUACCACGACCACGGUUGGCGGUGUGGCCGUGUCCAGCACCGAGCCACCAGCCGAUGGCUACGAUUACAAGUCGCCCGAUCUGCCGACCAACAUUAACGAGGUGGUUGGUGAGCCGAGCGACAUUAAUCAGCUGGCGACGACGACGGAAGUGACCACCACGACAACCCCGAAGGCUUCGCUCGAGUAUCUGCCUCCCAAACCGCGCCCGGAACUGGUGGUUCCCAGGGGACCGGAGCCCCAACCAUCUACGACCACGGUGGCCAGCACCAUGAUCCCGACUGAAACUACCCGCGUGCCGGAACCACCAUCCGUCCAGCCGGAUGCAUCGGCAUCCGUAUCUACCGUGGUGCGGCCACAACCCACCACGGAAGUUCCUUCAACGGCCGCCCCAGAGUACCUACCGCCGGACAGUGCCGGAGGUUUUCAGAUCAUCGUCCGGGGUCGUUCCGACGCAGACGAUAACGAGGUGACUGUCGGAACCACCUCAACAUCGGCCACAACGGAACCCAGCACCACGCAGCAGCAGCAGCAGCAGGAUGAGCAGUCCUCGACCACCACCGUGGUCAGUAGCACCACGGUGCUGGAUGGCGAGACGGCCACCCCACAAGCGGACGCCUCUUCGGUGAUCUCGCUGAUCAACCAGAUGCAGGAGGUGAACCGUAUCGCCCCCCAGGAUGGCUACGGCCCGGAUGAGGAAGGCUCCUCGACCACCGCAACCCCGUCCACCACGACCCCGUCGGUGACCACGAACCAACCGACGGAACAGCCCUCAGAAACACCGACACCACCACCGAUCGAGUCCCGGAUUGCGCCGGAAGAACCAACCGUGCCGUCGCUGAUCGAUCUCCUGUCAUCGGUGACCACCACGGUGGCGGCCAACGAUACGAUCACGACCUACCGUCCGGCGGACUCCCCUGCGACAACGACCACCGCCCCGAUCGAAUCCAGUGCCGAUGGAUCGGAAGUGCGUCCGAGGAUAGCGGAACCGGAUGACGUCGGUGGCUACAAGUACGAAAUGCCGGACAACUCGCUGGACGUGCCGACGGUGGCCCCCUCGCACACACUCGAAGCCGACGGAUACCACUACAAGGUGCCGGCCGUUCCGUUUCCGCAGUAA